CGAACAGAGCCGAUCUACUCCCAGCGCUGCAGGUAGACAGAGAGAAGGCGGCGGUGCGGAUGUGCUCUGAGACCAAGCGUGCAAUGGGAGAGACGCUGGGAUGAGGAGAAGGGGGGGAAGAGUCACAGGUUCCUAUUCAAAAAGGGGGCAAGUACAAUCGCCCAUUCGCCCCGCAACAGUGCAGGCGGGGAGGGGAGCAAAGUGCGUGGCAUUUGCAACGAGGCUGAUGAAGACUUGUGAAACCUCCAGGUACUCCGGCUGAUGGUGUGUGAGCGGCUCCGUUGUUGGUGGAUCAAGACCCGCGGAAGAUUCAAGUUUGCAGGCAAACAGGGGGCUCCACAUUGGCCCCGCUGACAACCCUCUCCUCCUGAAGUCUCUGCCUCCGCCCCUCGUUCGGUGCCCCCUUUGCAAAGCGCUGGCACCAACAGCGAGACGAGAGAGAGAGAGAGGAGGUGUGUGCAGGAUGCGACUGCAGGCGUUGCUUUCAACCGAAGACAGACACACACACAAAAAGCUGGAGUAACUAACCCAGCGGGUCGGGCAGCAUCUCUGGAGAGAAGGACUGGAGUAGGUGUUGUUUCGGGUCGAGACCUUUCUUCUUACAGUGGAGGCGAUGGAUUAGGACGCGGCUCUGGAGCUACAGGGAGAGGAAGAGUUGUCAGCGUCUGGGCAAUGUUAAUACUUGGAAUACCUUCGACUUGCGACCGGUCCACGGGGAGAUUGCUACAGCCCUGCCCUUAACCGCGCCUUAGAGCGGAGAGAGGCGCACUGCCAAUGAUCUCUUGUCCCUUUCCUCCCACCCCCUUCUUCUCUGAGUUCAGACCCGAGGAUGCGGCGCUGGGCGCUGGCUCUUUGCCUCCUCCGGGUUAUCUCGGCCAACCCUCGCCUGGAGAAGCCGAGAAGCGGCAGCGGCAGCGGCAGCGGGCAGAGGCAACCCGGGGACCACCAGCGGUCUAGCGGGACUCCCGGAGAGAAGGACUCGUCUCCCCUCGUCCAUCCCCCCGGGUUCCGCAACUACUCGGCGCCUCUAGGUCGCACCGACUGGCGACCCAUGCACCAGUGGUAUCUGCCCAAGACCCAUGUCCAGAUGGAGGUCCCAGCUCGGGAGAUGCCCGGGACAAUCCCGCGAGGAUCUCCAAAGAAAAGUAUCUCCAUGCACCUCGUCUCCAGGGGAAAGUUUGAGCCAGGCCGAUCUAACUUGGUGGAGAGCAACACAAAGAGCACCACCAGUUCGAGGUCCAAACGAGGAACGGAUGGGAUUAAAAGCGGUGACCAAGCAAGAGGCAAGGGUCGGCAAAGCCUGCAAGGUGACAACUCCACGCGGUUCUCCAGUGAGGUGCAAGAACUGCUGCUUCUCAACAGGUCGCAACAUCUGGAUGGCCCCAACAUCUACACCAACGCCUCGUUCCACCUGACCUUGCAGGAGCCUCCAGCGUUGCUCGCGCUCCAGGCGCCGGCCAAGAGACGCCGGCUGAUGAACCCUUUCUACCCGGUGACCGAGGACUCGUACGGAGCCUACGCCGUCAUGUGUCUGUCCAUUGUCAUCUUUGUGAUCGGCAUCAUGGCCAAUCUCUCCAUCAUGUGCAUCGUUUGCCACAACUAUUACAUGAGGAGUAUCUCCAACUCGCUGUUGGCCAACUUGGCCUUCUGGGACUUCCUGGUCAUCUUUUUCUGUCUGCCUCUGGUUAUAUUUCACGAGCUGACCAAAACGUGGCUUCUUGGAGAUUUUACAUGCAAGGUGAUCCCUUAUCUGGAGGUUGCUUCCCUGGGUGUGACCACCUUCACCCUGUGUGCCCUGUGCAUCGACAGGUUCCGGGCGGCGACCAACGUGCAGAUGUACUACGAGAUGAUCGAGAACUGCUCCUCGACGGCGGCCAAGCUGGCCGUGAUCUGGGUGGGGGCCCUGCUGCUGGCCCUGCCGGAGAUCGCCCUGCGGCAGCUGUCGACCGAGGAGGUGGCCUCCUCCUCCCUCACCGUGGACCGCUGCGUGGUGAAGAUCUCCCCCAAGCUGCCCGACUCCAUCUACGUGCUGGCCCUCACCUACGACGGCGCCCGCAUGUGGUGGUACUUCGGCUGCUACUUCUGCCUGCCCACCCUGUUCACCAUCGGCAGCUCGGUGGUGACGGCCAGGAAGAUCAGGGCGGCGGAGAAGUCGUGCGCCCGGGGGAACAAGCGGCAGAUCCAGCUGGAGGGGCAGAUGAACUGCACGGUGGUGGCCCUGACCAUCCUCUACGGCUUCUGCAUCGUGCCCGAGAAUAUCUGCAACAUCGUGACCGCCUACAUGGCCACCGGCGUGUCCCAGCGCACCGUGGACCUGCUGCAGCUCAUCAGCCAGUUCCUCUUGUUCUUCAAGUCGUGCGUCACCCCGGUCGUCCUGUUCUGCCUGUGCAAGCCCUUCAGCCGGGCCUUCCUCGACUGCUGCUGCUGCUGCUGCGGGGAGUGCGGCCCCAAGCUCUCGGCCGCCGCCAGCGAGGACAACGACAACGAGUACACCACCGAGCUGGAGUUGUCCCCGUUCAGCACCAUCCGCCGGGAGAUGUCCACCUACACCUCGGUGGCCACGCACUGUUGAGCCGCGGCUUGGCUUGGCUGGCUGCCCCUUUUGGGUGGGAAGGACAGGUCGGGAUGGACUCUCUUGUGUUCAAGAAGGAUCUGCAGAUGCUGGAAAAUCGAAGGUACACAAAAAAGGCUGGAGAAACUCAGCGGGUGCAGCAGCAUCUAUGGAGCGAAGGAAAUAGGCAAC